AUGAUGGUUUCUGAUUUUGAUGCCUGCCACAUGACGGACAAAAGCUCAGCACAGAGUCGUCGGGGUCGUAGGACGGUGAUCCGAGGUCUUCUUUACCCAAUUCGACAGACAAAAGUCCAAGGCAACCCUCCUUCGCUAUCCGAUGAGGCUAAUCUAGGAAUCACCUCGACUCGCCUUCUCAAACGAAAUGAAAGAUAUGCCAGGAUGUCAUUUGAAUUAGAGCUAGAUCAGAACUUCGAGUCAUGCUACAUUAUUAAGGUCCAAGCUCCUAAAACUCUGCAUAUCGUAACUUCCGAUACUUCAGAAUAA